AUGGUUCAACUUAUAAGUAAAAAAGAAGAUAAAAGUAUAAAAUUUUCAAAAAAACAUUGGAAGCAUGAUGACCUUCAUGUAAUUUCAUUUACAAAGGCUGGUUUAAGAGGAGAUAAUCAAGAUGGAAUGUCUAUUGAAUUUGGAUUGGAUGAUGAAUUAAAAGGAUAUUACUUAUUUGGAGUGUAUGAUGGUCAUGGAGAACAAGGAGAUAAAAUUUCGGAAGAUUGUGUUAAACGCUUGCCAGAAUAUAUUGCCAAACGUUUAUGUGAAUUAUUACCAAUAAUUGAAGAUGAUAAGAAGAUAAAAAAUGCCAUAAAAAUGGGAUUUGAUGAUACUGAAAAUUAUUUCAAAACACUUGACGUUAAAGGGACAAAAGGAAAUAAAGUUCGAAUGUCUGGUACAACGGCACUAACGGUUAUGAUGACACCUAAAAAGAAUUUAUAUAUUGCAUUUGCUGGAGACUCUUCUGUGUUUAUCGUGUCAUCAAAUAAAUCAGAAAAGAUUAAUAUAGAGCAUAAUUGUCACAAUAAAAAUGAACUGUUAAGACUUAGAGCCCAUAGAAAACAAGGUUUUAUGUAUACUAUAAAAGCACGUUCAGUAAAAGAUAAUUUAUCUAAUGAAAUACAAUACACGCGUUCACUAAGUGAUUUUUAUAUUAAAAGCUUUUUUUCUGAAGGACUAAUAGCUGAACCUGAGAUCAUUGACAAAGUUUAUUCUACAUCCAGUCUUGAUUUACUUGUGCUGGCUUCUGAUGGUAUCACGGAUCGUUUUAAAAUAUUUAAAAAACAUCCUACAGAGAUUUAUUUAAGCUUUCUAAAAAAAUAUAAAGGGGAUUCAGAUCGAUUUAUUAAAGCCUGUAAUGAAAUGAUUAAAUUGUGUGAUUAUAUAACCGAAAAACGAAUUUGUAUAGAUGAUAUGUCUAUUAUAAUUAUUAUAAUUUUGAAUGGAAAAUCUGAGGAUGAAUGGUAUAGUACUGUUACGAAAAAUGUUGAGAAUUUUGAAGAUUGGAAAGAUUGGAUUAAUACAUGUAGUGAAGAAGAUUUAUCAGAAAUUGAUGAUUUAGAUAUUUACAACAAAAAUUCUAAUGAAGUUGAUGAUUUUUUAAUUUCAGUACCAACAAUACCGACUGAAUAUUAUGAUGAAGAAUCUGCAAUGAAUUUUACUAUUUCUGAUGAUGAUUUUGAUUGA